CGUCACUUCUUGCUUUCGUUGGGAUUCAAACUCACCAUUCUCACUGUGCAUCACUUUCUUCCUUCCUUCUUCGUCUUAUUCUCCAACCCACACUAAAACCUUCCUAUUUUUAUUCUUUUCUCUGUUUUGCUUUCUGCAAACGACGUCGCUUCAGAGGUUCAGCGAUGUCGUACGACUACCUAUUCAAGUACAUCAUCAUCGGCGACACAGGUGUAGGGAAAUCGUGCCUGCUCCUCCAAUUCACUGAUAAGAGGUUCCAACCUGUUCAUGAUCUCACUAUUGGUGUUGAGUUUGGCGCUCGAAUGGUCACCAUCGAUUCUCGACCCAUCAAGCUUCAGAUAUGGGAUACUGCUGGACAAGAGUCUUUUAGAUCCAUCACAAGAUCUUACUAUAGAGGAGCAGCCGGAGCACUCCUAGUUUACGACAUUACAAGGAGAGACACAUUUAAUCAUUUAGCAAGUUGGCUGGAAGAUGCUCGGCAGCAUGCCAAUCCUAACAUGAGCAUCAUGCUCAUAGGGAACAAGUGUGACCUGUCUCAUCGAAGAGCAGUGAGCAAAGAGGAGGGAGAGCAGUUUGCAAAGGAAAAUGGACUUCUGUUUUUGGAGGCUUCUGCUAGGACUGCUCAAAAUGUGGAAGAGGCUUAUAUAAGGACUGCUGCAAAGAUUCUUCAGAAUAUUCAGGAAGGUGUCUUUGAUGUGUCGAAUGAGUCAUCUGGUAUAAAAGUUGGCUAUGGACGUUCCCAAGGUCAAUCAGGAGGCAGAGAUGGAACUGUUUCUGCAAGAGGUGGGUGUUGUAGCUGAUUGAAGGGAAACCAAAUCUGAAUCUAAUCCUUUUUUGCAUCUAUUUCUCCCUUCCCUGUCUUAACUGAAUGUAUACUUAGACUUCUUGACAUGGAACUUUUGGAGUACACUGCAACUUCCUGUAUAGAUCUAAUCUCAAAGGUGUUCUUGGAACAGAUUUCACUGCAUAGUUUUCAGAUCUACUAAAUGUUUAAUGAUUGGCUGUUGUGUUCAAAAUGCCAGUUUCUUAUAGUUUUGUUGUUAUCUGCUACAAUAUUUACAUGUUGUAGCUUUUUAGUAGGUACUACCCAAUGUUCUCCACUCAAUGUUAAUCAUGCAUGAAGUUGUGUGGGUGUCA